UUCGCAGACAUCAUCCAUCACACCCUUCCUCCUAGACUGAGAGUUUGUAUAGCGAGCUCACAAUGCUGACAGCAACGCAACCUCUAGCUGCUCCAAGCCACAAUGGGCGCCCUUCUUCUUCCCUCACCGGUAGAGUCUCGUCAGGCUCAGGCCGGUGGGUGGCGCCGCCGGUGCCCAGGCGCAGCAGCACUCGACGCACCGUCUCCAAGGUAAGCUGCAGAGUCAGCCCCGGCGAUGGGAAUGGCGGUGUACUCACGAUCGAUGCCCCCCGCCGCGAGCUGCGCGAGCGCGAGACCGAAGUUGAGAUGAAGGCCGUAGUGAAGGUGCACCUGAAAGAUAAAACUGUAUUUGAAAGUCCUUUCCUCUUUUCCCGUUUCUUGGGAAAACUGGUGCAUAGACACUGGCUUUUCAUCGAGUUCGUCAGCACAGAGGUUGAUCCAGGAAAGGAGGGCGAGGGGAUUAAAACAGGCCAAGUGGAAGCCAAGUACGUUUCCAGUGAAGACGAUUUCUGCAUAUUCGAGGCCACCUGCCGAGUGCCGUCCUCGUUCACUGUCGGCGCCGUGCUCAUCGACAACGACCACGAGCACGAGAUGUUCAUCAAGGACGUCGAGGUCUUACGCGAUGGCGACAAGUCGACCGCCGUCUACCUCGACUGCGAGUCCUGGGUCAUUGAUAACGAGAAAAAUGGCAACGACGACAGGCGCGUCUUCUUCCCUCUCAAGUCUUACCUGCCGUCGGAGACGCCCAAGGGACUGCAGAGGCUGCGCAAGAGCGAGCUCGAGGCCAUCCGCGGGAAUGGCCGCGGCGAGCGCGUCAAAUCCGACCGCAUCUACGACUACGACGUGUACAACGACCUCGGCGACCCAUCGAACCCGCGGCCGGUGCUCGGUGGAAGUGCAGAGUUCCCUUACCCGCGACGCUGCCGCACUGGCCGCCCCAAGAACAACAGAGAUUCCACGGAGACACGGGUAAAAGAGGCGAGUGACAUUUACGUGCCCCGGGACGAAGCCUUCUCCGAGAGCAAGGAGCAGGCGUUCAAGACCAAAGCGACAUUGGGAGUGCUGCACGCGUUCCUGGAGCUCAUGAAGACCAAGGACAAAAGGGAUUUGAGCUUCCCCUCCCUGGCGGCCAUCGACGCGCUUUUCGAGGAGGGUUUCACGAACGCGCCGCCGCCAAAGGAAGGGGGCACUGUGAGGGGCUACACCUUCUCCGUGCUUAAAGAGGAGCUGGGCCACUUGUUCAAGGGCGAAUUCGGGGCGAUGAAGCAUACCUUAGACAAGAUCUUGGACUUCGAAACUCCAGAAAUUCGUCAGAAGGACAAGCUUGCCUGGUUCAGGGACGAGGAGUUUGCACGGGAAACCCUUGCAGGGAUGAACCCAAUGAACAUCCAACUAGUCACGAAGCUACCCAUUGAAAGUCAGCUCGACGAGAGCACAUAUGGCCCACGGGAAUCUCUUCUCACCAAAGAGCUGAUAGAAGACCUGAUAAAUGGGGUCAUGACAGCUGACGAGGCCGUUGAGAAGAAGAAGCUGUUCAUGCUGGACUACCACGACGCGCUGCUGCCUUACGUGCACAAGGUGCGCGAGCAGGAGGACACGACGCUGUACGGCUCCCGCACGCUCUUCUUCCUCACCAAGGACGGCACGCUCAAGCCCAUCGCCAUCGAGCUGACGAGGCCCAAGUACAAGACUGGUAAGCUGCCAUGGCGCGACGUCUUCACGCCGGGCGGAAGCGUCACGGAUUCCUGGAUGUGGCAGCUCGCCAAGACCCAUGUCCUGGCUCACGACACGGGCUACCACCAGCUCAUUAACCACUGGCUCAGGACGCACUGCUGCGUUGAGCCCUACAUCAUCGCGGCGCACCGGCAGCUAAGCGAGAUGCACCCAAUCUUCCGGCUGCUGCAUCCUCACUUCCGGUACACCAUGGAGAUCAACGCCCUUGCUCGAGGGAGGCUCAUCAACGCGGGCGGAACCAUCGAGACCACCUUCUCGCCCAAGAAGUACAGCAUGGAGCUCAGCUCAGUGGUUUACAAAGACUUUUGGCGGUUCGACAUGGAGGCCCUGCCCAACGAUCUCAUUCGGAGGGGCAUGGCGGUCCAAGGCAAGGACGGCAAGCUGGAGCUUACGAUCGAGGACUACCCGUACGCCAACGACGGCCUGCUGAUCUGGCACGCCAUCGAGGAGUGGGUGUCAGAUUACGUGAAGCACUACUACACGACGACGGCAGACAUCAUCAACGACGAGGAGCUUCAGGGCUGGUGGACGGAGGUCCGCACGAAAGGCCACGAGGAUAAGAAGGACGAGCCGUGGUGGCCGGAGGUAAACAGCCACAGGAGCCUCGUCCAGGUCCUGACAACCAUCAUCUGGAUCACCUCUGGCCACCACGCGGCGGUGAACUUCGGCCAGUACCCCUUCGCCGGGUACUUCCCGAACCGCCCGACCAUCGCCCGGCAGAACAUACCUCGGGAAACGGGCUGCCAGGGCAUGAGCGACUUCGUGACGAACCCGGAGAAGGUGCUGCUGGACACGCUCCCGUCCCAGUUCCAGAGCUUGAUGGUCCUGGUUGUGCUGGACCUCCUGUCGUCUCACUCGCCGGAGGAGGAGUACAUGGGAACGCACGAAGAGCCGGCUUGGGCUGCAGAGGAGGGAAUCAGGAAGGCGUUUGACACGUUUCGAGGGACGUUGAGGGAUAUCUGGGAUCAGAUCGAUGACUGGAACCAGGACUCACAAAGGAAGAACCGGUACGGACCCGGGGUGGUGCCGUAUACGCUGCUCAGGCCGUGCGACGGCGAUCCCUUCGACGAGAAGUCCAUCAUGGAGAUGGGUAUCCCGAAUAGCAUCUCCAUUUGAUAGCCAGUAACUAAUGUCUUCUAGUCGGCCUAUAGGUGACUGUGGUCUUGUAAAAAUUCAGUCAUCUCACUAAAUAACGAGAUUGAGUUUCUGAAAACAUUCUUCAAUGGAUUUUCAUGUCAGCUCCUUUUUUAUUAUGUUCCCACAUAAGCAGCAGGCCGGAUACUGAUUUUGUGGAACA